ACCUCCAACCCGACCACCACCUCCAACCCGACCACCACCUCCAACCCGACCACCACCUCCAACCCGACCACCACCUCCAUCCCGACCACCACCUCCAACACCACCACCUCCAACCUGACCACCACCUCCAACCUGACCAUCCCGACCACCACCUCGACCAACAUCAUCUCCUCCACCCCCCCGCCCCCUGCAGGAGGCAAGGAGGCAUCCGAAGAGGUCUACAUCGCUUCUGUCACCUGCUCCGGCAGUAAGUCGGUGAACCUGUCAAGCAGCUGCUGGGGCUUCGUGAGAGUGUGUGAGAGCGGCGGCGAGAGCGGCGGCGAGAGCGGCGGCUGUGGCGGUCUCUGUGGCGAGGCGUGGCCGGACAGCAUGGGCGCCCUGCUGUGCCAGAGCCUCGGGUGCGGCGCCGGAACGGUCCCGGUGAAAAAAACGCAGCGUAACUUUCCCGUCCGCUUCAAGAGUCUGCACCUGCCCCAGCACCUGCCGCCCAACCUCACGGCGCUCCACACCGCCACCGUCGUCAUGGGCGACCGCGACGACCAAUCCUGCUCCAACAACGCCGCCUAUGUGGUCUGCACGGGUUCUCUGUCCGCUCGCCUGGACCCGCCGUCGGACCGGUGCUCGGGGAACGUGCAGGUGUUGGUGGAGGAGGCGUGGCUGCCGGUGUGUGAGGAGGUGGUGUCGGACCCACACACGGCCGCCGUCCUCUGCGCUCACAUGGGCUGCGGCUCCGAGGGAAACUUCAUCCCGUAUCAAGGCCACGCCCCCGGCGGCCAGCUCCUGUCCGGACUCCGCUGCCCCGAAGGCAACCGCGACUUCAGCACCUGCAGCGUCUCUACACCCAUCACCAGCAGCACCUGCCGGCCGGGAGGCCUCCGCUGCUCCGGUUGGGGGCAGGUGGUGCUGUUGAAGGGGCAGGACUCUUGCUCUGGCGUCGCCUUCGUGUUUUCUCAGGGUCUGAGUCGAGCCGCUGUGAGCGCCACCUCCUGGACACAGGCAGAGACCACCCGCCUGUGCCAAGACCUGGGCUGUGGCACCUCAGGCAACCACACCACACCCACACAGGAAAUUACCUCAGCCUUUUGGAGCGGUUCCUUUAACUGUUCCUCUGUGAAGAACCCUCAGAACCUGUGGGAGUGUGCGAGUCCCCACAAACCUCCGAGCAACCGCCAGCUCUACGUCUCCUGUGCAGCGCCCCCUGUCUUCAGCCUGAGCCGGUCGUGUGGGGGGCAGGUGCUGCUGAACGGAGAAGCCGUGUGUGAUUCUCUGUGGAACGAGUUGACCUCAGAGCUCAUGUGUUUGGAGACGGGCUGUGGAAGCGCCGUUUCCAACUACCAGGACGACCACACACAAGCGACCAGGGGGAAGAGUUAUGCCCACGUGAGCUGUGAGCAGCAUCAUGCGCGUCUGGGGCAGUGCCGACGAUUCAGGGCUCCGUGUCAAGGACGACUGGUCUCUGUGCUUUGCAGCGAGCGGGUGCAGUACAGUUUGUCUGAAACGUGCGGCGGGGACAUCUUGAUCAAAAUGGAGGACGGCGUGGAGGAGCGAGUGUGUUCCAGCAAGGGACUCCCCCUGAGCCUCCAGAAUAAACUCUGCUCCGAGCAGAAGAACUGCAAAGGCGUCAAACACCAGUCGCUGCCGCGACCCAAGGACCAGAUGGAGUUGAACAUCAGUCUGGACUCGUGCAAAGACGAUCAUCAGCACAUCAAACACUGCCUCUCCAGGAAACGCUGCACCGAGCGCCCGGCACAGCUCUACUGUCCGGGUUACGUGCCGCGCCAGCCUGAUCCCCCCUCCGGACCCUCCUGGCUCCUCAUCACCAUGAUCCUGGCGCUGGUUCUGAUUCUGGCGCUCGCCGUUUUUUUCCUUCUUCGGUUUUACCUGCGACGCCACAACAAAACCAUCAAACAACUACUGCCCAUGUUUUCUCGGAGACCGAAGGAGGAAAUUGACAGUGAAGAAUAUGAACAAGUGCCCUCCAAAGACCACGACCUGGAUGACCUGGUGUCAGCUGUAGGAGGCGCUGUGGAGGAGAAGAGCACUUCCUCUCUGAACUACGACAACGUGGACGAGGUCAUCGUGAUGCGACCUCUGACCUGCGGAGGGGCGGAGCCUGGAGCCGAGGACUCUGAUGGACAUGAAAGUUAUGACGACAUCGAUGCUCCGGACCAGAUCCAGACCACAGCCGAGGUCCACCGCGCUCCCCCGGGCGCCGAGGUCCACCCUGAGGUCCACCCUGAGGUCCACCCUGAGGUCCACCCUGAGGUCCACCCUGAGGUCCACCGCGCUCCCCCGGGGUCGGAGGGGGGAGGGGGGGACAGUCCAGACCUGGUACUGGGGGAAGACGACUACCUGGUCCCACUUGGAGAAGAGGCCUAAGACUAAAAACCAGGACUAAACCAGGACUAAAGCAGAACUGGACCAGGACUAGACCAGGACUAGACCAGGACUAAACCAAGACUAGACCAGGACUGGACCAGGACUGGACCAGGACUAGACCAGGACUAAACCAGGACUAAACCAGGACUAAACCAGGACUGGACCAGGACUAAAGCAGAACUGGACCAGGACUAGACCAGGACUAGACCAGGACUAAACCAGGACUAAACCAGGACUGGACCAGGACUGGACUAGGACUAGACCAGGACUAGACCAGGACUAAACCAGGACUGGACCAGGACUGGACCAGGACUGGACCAGGACUAAAGCAGAACUGGACCAGGACUAGACCAGGACUGGACCAGGACUAAACCAGGACUAAACCAGGACUGGACCAGGACUGGACCAGGACUAAACCAGGACUAAACCAGGACUGGACCAGGACUGGACCAGGACUAAACCAAGACUAGACCAGGACUGGACCAGGACUGGACCAGGACUAGACCAGGACUAAACCAGGACUAAACCAGGACUGGACCAGGACUAAAGCAGAACUGGACCAGGACUAGACCAGGACUAGACCAGGACUAAACCAAGACUAGACCAGGACUGGACCAGGACUGGACCAGGACUAGACCAGGACUAAACCAGGACUAAACCAGGACUAAACCAGGACUAAACCAGGACUGGACCAGGACUAAAGCAGAACUGGACCAGGACUAGACCAGGACUAGACCAGGACUAAACCAGGACUAAACCAGGACUAAACCAGGACUGGACCAGGACUGGACUAGGACUAGACCAGGACUAGACCAGGACUAAACCAGGACUGGACCAGGACUGGACCAGGACUGGACCAGGACUAAACCAGGACUAAACCAGGACUGGACCAGGACUAAACCAGGACUAAACCAGGACUGGACCAGGACUAGACCUGUAUUUUUUUAUUCAAUUAUUUGGCCAUUGAAAUUUUGUGUGUCUUUUAUACUUUUUGUAAAAACAGCUAAAUUAAA